UUUGAUGACGUUGCAUACGAAGGCAUGAUUGAAAAAUAAUUUCGAAAUCAUCCUAGCGAAAAAGAAUGGUUCUAAUUUUUGAUAAGUCAUAAUGAUAAUAUGAUAUGUCAUUGUCAAUACCUCAGCCUCAAAGUAAUAAAGUCAAUACCAACUGGAAACAAAAAGCUGCGUUUUUUUGCUACCAAUACCGGAAUAACAUUUCGUCUGAGGAUUCGACAUAGGACAUGUGACUUAUUUGAAAAAUAAAGGAUCCUAAUCUAAUAGAUAAUUUAGAACUUGUAUACAGAAAAGUUGUACCUGCUUUUACGAGCACAAUAAAUGUAAAAUUAAACUCUCUGAUUACCUCCUAAACAGCACAAACAUAUUCACUAAGCAUAAUGAUGACAAUAGAUGAAUUUAUUCGAUUUAAUCCUAAGCAAAGGCACUAAAAUUUUAAAAUGUCCUGGGUAUAAUGCAAAUGUUGAAUUGAUACUUGUGAUAAUUGAGUGCCUAUGCUAAAAUAUGAAUUAUCUAAAAAAUCCAGUUUUGGUUGCGAGGAUUCAAUAUUUUUUUGGUGUGAAGACUGAAAUAAAAGCUACCCAUGAGCAGAAGAAAGAAAAAUCAAAUAACAAAUAUAUAAUUGAAAAUAGAUUUUGGUACUACCUGUUUCUGUUUGGAACAGCUUUGGGAGAUGAGACAUUUUAUGCAUUCUUUAUACCAUUUUGGUUUUGGAAUAUUGAUGGAGCAGUCGGUAGAAGAUUUGUUCUAGUUUGGUCUAUUGUUAUGUAUAUAGGACAAGGUAUCAAAGAUAUCAUUCGUUGGCCAAGGCCGGGUCCUCCUGUGGUACAACUUCAAAAUAAAUGGGCUGUAGAAUAUGGCAUGCCCUCAACACAUGCCAUGGUUGGAGUUUCAAUUCCAUUUUCAGUUUUUCUAUUCACUUUGAAUAGAUAUCAGUACAGCACUUCUCUAGGCUUGUCGGUAGCAAUAUUAUGGUGUACCCUAAUAUGCGUCAGUAGGUUGUACCUUGGCAUGCACACAAUCUUGGAUAUUAUUGUGGGUUUAAUUUUAGCAGUGCUCCUCAUGUGUGUUAUGGUGCCAUUUGUUGAUCUUUUAGAUGAUUAUUUACUCAGAAGCUCUACAUCUCCACUUUUGUUGUUAGUUUCAUCUAUCUUAAUGAUCGUUUACUACCCCAACAGUGGUAAAUGGACACCGACGAGAGGAGAUACAACUAUGAUCAUUUCCGUUUGUGUUGGAAUCCAUAUAGGAGCUUGGCUCAACUUCCAAACAGGACUGAUGACUCCAACAGAACUUGCAGCUCCGUAUGUUAUUAUGUGGCCCUCAUAUACCAUGUUAGGAUGUAUGGUUAUGAGAACCUCAAUUGGAUUUACAUGCGUCAUACUCUCCAAAGAUAUUUGUAAAAACCUCACCUACAAUUUUCUUUGCACUUUGCUGAAAGAGGAUGUGGAUAACCUCAAAAAGUCCGAAAAUACUUUGCAAAACAAGCACAAGACAUUUGUUGAAUUGUGCUAUAAAUACAUUUAUUGUUCAAUGGUUGGCUUCAAUACAGUUUACCUACUUCCACAGCUAUUUAGAUUUUUAAAAAUUGAACGACCAACAUUUUUCACUGAAAUCUGAUUAUGGAGCGUUAGAAAAAUUGUUAAUGAAUUUUAAAAAUCGAUUUUAGAGACUAAAAUUAGUGAAAGAGGGAGAUUUCUCCCGCGCAGAGAUUAUCACUUAAUUUUAUCGUUCAUCACUUUGGCAUCAUAUUUGUGAUACUUUUUAUAAAUAGCACCACAGGUCUAGAGCAGAAAAGUUCCGUGUUGAUCGAGAUAAGAGACGAUGAAAACAUUUUCAGUUCAGGAAAAACAUAUUUUGUUGUGUCCUAAAAUAUCAUCUAAAAAAAAAAAUGUAUCCAACCUUCUUUAAUAUGAAAUUUCCACAUGUUUCGCUAUGCGACAGCAUCUUCGGCCGUCAUUAUACUGUUCCUACAAAUUCUGUAUUGUGCUUUUAUAGUAAUUUGAAUCACUAUGACUAUUGCUACCUGCCAAAUGAAAUUAAUUACCUAAACUAUUUAACUAUCUAGGAAUACCUCAUACCCGGGCUAUCAUUCAAGAUCUGUUCUAAUUUCCAAUUUCCUCAUUGCAAACUGAAUUCAAUAAAGGGGAAUGAUUCAAAUUUUUCGAUCAGUGAGCAAUGAUCCCCAAUUUUCAUGUCUAUUAAUUUCCAAACAUUCCAAAAGGUUGAGUUUUGAACCAUUCUCUUCCAAAUGCAACAUGUCAUAAUCGUGGUUGAACUCGUGCCUCUUUGUGAAAAUAUGAUUCGCAAAUGUUGAAUUGGUCUUUCCAUUCAAAAACUACUUAUAUGCUCUUUCAUUCUAUUGGAAAAAGUUCUUCUGGUUUGCCCGAUAUAAUAAUUUGGACAAGAACCACAAGUCAACUUGUAUACUCGAGAUCUAUCAGACACUGAAGUUUUAUCUUUAUAGUUUUCAAUGAAUUCACUUCAAUUAAUAUUUGUUCUGUAGGAUAUGUCCAAUUCUUUGUUUUUUAAAAAACAAGUGAUAUUAUUAGUAGGAUCACCAAAGUGAGUUAGAGUUACGUAAUGUUUAUUAUCAUUUUUUGAAACUGGUUAGACCUGGUUCAGAGCUUAUUUCUGCAAUUUUCAGAAAGAAUUGAGUCGAUGAUAUCCACCUGAUUUUUGACAACAUGCAAAAUUAUGUUUAUUAUUAAUUCAAGUGAUUUCAAGUCUAGAAAAUCUAUAAAGUUAUUCACUUCACGACUGAGAUGUAAACUUUCCUAGUAUCUGAAAUUUUGUGUAUUUAUGCCUGAAGAUGGUCUUCGAAAGUGUGCAUUGAUGUUUUUCAUUAUUGAAGGAUCAUUUAUCACUUUGUCCGUGAAUCUUUGAGAUGCUACUAUUUAUAGAUUUUUGUACAAUUCUGAUUCUAUCUACCAACGUGCACUAUUCAUGUUAGAAGAGUUGAAUAUUUAAUUUCGAUAAUAUAUUGCUGUUUAAAAAUGUUAUGGAUCUCUCUCUUUUUCUGAUAAACACUUCCUAAUUCAGGAUUCAUACCAUCAAUGAUAUACAAAUUUCUUUUUUUAGCAUAAUCAACUACUAGUAGUAAAAUUUACACCUUCUUAAAAAAUUGACUACAUGUUUCACCAAAUAUGUAAAUAAAUCAUAGAAAAUAAUCGUGGUCAAGUCAUAUCAUUCAACAAUGUUUAAAAAUAACUAACAAGAAGAAUUCCACAUAUUUGGCAACUUGAAAAUUUUACACUUGAUGAUUUUUUAGAGGGAAAAUGUGUGGUGUCGGAAGUGACUUCGGAAAGGCAAAAGAACCACAUAUUUUUACCAUUUGUUUCUUGGAAAUUUCUACUUUAAUCUCGUAAUUUCGAGAUUGAAGUCGAAAUUUUGAGAUAAAAGUCGAAAUUUUGAGAUUCAAAGUCAAAAUUUUCAAGAAACAAAUAAUGAUAAUAAUAAUACAUCAUCUCUUAUAAUACUUUCCAGAUGUUUGCUUUAGGCCUGUUUAUGCUGUGCUUUACCUCAAUACUGCAUCUUUUACUUUUGUUCUCCUUGUACUUUAUAUUUUGAAUUUACAAACAUAUUGUGAGAUUCUUGGUACAGCUAGUCAACUUUGAAGGGAAGACAUACACUUCAGCCAUUUAUCUGUACCUUCCAGAAAUAAUAUUAAGAUGAAAAUAUAUACUACCAGAAGAAAGUUGAAGAAAAAGGUUAACAGUAGGGGAAAGAGCAAUGACUAGUUUUUGUGUGCUCCUCCGAAAUUUCCUUGGCCAUUUAUUCACAGUUACAUCAGGAAUUGCCACUGUUGAAAAUAUUUCUUGAGAAAAUGCAUUUGAAUAUCAAUUCUUUACUAAAAAUCCUGAUGGCUGGUUGAAAAGUAAUGAUUUAUAGAAAUUAUCAGUUUGACCACAAUAUUAGUUUUGAAAAAGUAAUAUUCUUCAAAUAUUUUUAUGAUUCUAGUUUCUACACGUGCCUGCAGACCACACCACAAUUCAAUACUUUCUUUGUGGUGUUGUCUAAUUGUGUGGCAGUAUCAGAUUCUGAAGAAGCUUUUAAUUGUGUGGCUAUUAGACACCAAAAAAUAUAUUGUUUAAUGAAAUACGUUGUGGUUUUUUAAAACUGAAAAUUUCUU